AUGUACAGAAUAGAUGUUUCAGAUUUUUAUGACUUCCAAGCCUUCAGAAAUAUGUGUCCAUUUAGAGACUAUAACAAAGCAGUCGAGAAUUUGAAACGUUUAGUCAUUUAUGUUGACUCUGCCCCAGAAUGUUAUGUCAUGAAAGAAUGGGAUGUAGUCUUUAACAAACCAAGAGCAACCAUAGUGUCUGAACAAGAAUGUAGACAGAAACUUAAGAAAAUAAAAGUCGUACAAGUUGGUAUGAAGAUGUUAGAUGCUUGGGAUAUCUUAUUGUCAAAGUUAGAAGAUUUUUCAGUUCGUGGUAUAAAGUUCUAUACACCAUCUCCAAACUUCUAUUCUAUCUUCACUGGAUAUAAAUACGAACAAGUAGAAUGGAAAGAAAAUGUUAUAGAAGCUUGGUUAGACCAUGUCAAAGAAAUUAUAUGCAAUGGAAACGAAAGAGUCUAUGAGUAUAUCUUAUGUUGGUUUGCAAACAUCUUACAACAUCCAAGUGCUAAAAAUGAAACUGCUCUCAUCAUAAUUGGAAAACAAGGAACAGGUAAGAACACUUUCUUUACAGAUAUCUUAUGCAAACUGUUAGAGGGCUAUUCGAACCCUAAUAUGACAAACUUAGAAAACAUCUGCGGUAAGUUUAACUCUUCAAUAGAGAAUAUGAAACUUAUAGUAUGUAACGAACUUCAAAGUAUAGAUACAACAAAAGUUUUGAACUCAGAUGCUUUGAAGAGUCUUAUAACAGACAAAGUUGGAGUUGUUGAAAGAAAAUAUAAAGACCAAAGAGUUUGUGAAAAUGUUGCAAAUUUCAUCAUGGUUUCAAACAAUGCUGUUCCGAUGAAGUUAGAAAGUUCUGACAGAAGAUAUGUAGUUGUCAGAAC